CGGUGAGUGCGUUUCUCGAUCGGUUCUGGCCUGGAAAGGAGUGAUUAUGGCUGGCGCUGGCGUCGCGAGGCAGAGCAGGCGGCGGACCAAGCCAGCUGCCGCGGCUGACACGGAGGCGGCGGCGGCGAUCGAGGCCCAGCGUGCUGCUGUUGCUGCAGCUACCAAUCUUCCUCUUCCUUCAUUCAAUUUUGCUACCAAGGAGGCGCUCCCGACCAGGACUGUGGCCGCGUCCAGGGCGAAGGCGCUCAAGGAGAAGAAUGCCGCUGCCGACGCAGCGGCUCCUGCCGCUAAGAAGAACCUUCAGGGGGAGUUCCAGGAUUCUUGCCAGGAGAUCCGCAAGAGCUGGGAGUUUUUCUCCGCCGCCAAGGUGUUUCUCCUCCUCUUCGCGGCUGCGGGGAUAAGCACCACGCUGUUGAGCCUCCGCGAGAGCGAUCAAGGGCAGCUUCUCCCUGAGACGCCCACGGCAGCGAAGGUCUCGGAGGUGGAGGAUUUCAUGAGGAAGACGAGCAAGUGGUUGCAAGUGCAGCUGGAUGUGGUGGACGACAAGAUCGGCAAGGAAGUGUCGGGCGUUCGAUCGGAGCUGGAGGAGAAGCUGUCGGAGAGGACCCGGGGCUUCGAGAAGGACAUUGGAAGCAUCAAGGCUCAGGUCCAAAAGGUGGACAACUCGCUCAAGAUGCUCUACAGCCAGGAGCUCUUGUCCAGGGAGGAGACUUUGGAGCUCGUCAAGUCGGCCAUGGACCAGCGCGCUCGAGAAGGGAGUGACAAGGCCAUUAGCCUGGACGACGUGCGCGCAGCCGCGAGAAAGGUGGUGCAGAGUGAACUGGAGACGCAUGCCGCGGAUGGGAUCGGGAGAGUGGAUUUUGCUCUGGAAAGUGGUGGAGGAAAGGUGGUUCAUCACUCGGACGGCUACUUCCAGGGGCUGCACUGGACCAGGCUGGGGAUUCAUGUCCUCCCGGGUGUUUUUCGGAGGCACCCGAUGGCUGAUAGGCUUCUCCGGCCCAGCUUUGGAGAGCCCGGGCAGUGUCUGCCUCUCAAAGGCAGCAAUGUGACAGUGGACAUCAGGCUGCGGGCUCACAUUUUUCCAGAAGCGGUGACAUUGGAGCACUUGUCUAAGAAAGUAGCCUAUGACCCAAGAAGUGCACCCAGAGAUUUCGAGAUCUGUGCUUGGCGUACUGUGAAAGACGACGUUCUCGAUGCCAGGAACGUUACUUCUCUUGGGAGGUUCACGUAUGAUCUCGAAAAAGGAAGCAUCCAGACAUUCGAUCUUUCCGACAAGCCGACAUCUUCAGUCAACAUGAUCCGGUUGCACGUUCUCUCAAACUACGGCAGUCCGACGCACACUUGCUUGUAUCGGUUGCGAGUACAUGGCACUGAGGACGGAGUUAUGGCUUGAGGAAACAGAUGGGAGGCGC